GUUACCAUGACGACGCGGGGAGCCGCAGCGAAGGCGGAAGAGCCUCAGCCGCGUACACGUCCGAGCACGCGCGGCAGAGAGGCGGCUUGUCGAGCCGAGGCUUUCGACGAAACGCGAUGUCGAGAUACGGACGUUAUGGUGGAGAGACAAAGGUGUAUGUGGGGAACCUUGGCACAGGUGCAGGGAAAGGAGAAUUGGAGCGAGCUUUUGGCUAUUAUGGACCGCUGAGGACGGUGUGGAUUGCCAGGAAUCCUCCAGGAUUUGCCUUUGUUGAGUUUGAGGAUCCCAGGGAUGCUGAGGAUGCUGUCCGUGGGCUGGAUGGCAAGGUGCUCUGCGGGUCUCGGGUUCGAGUCGAGCUGUCUACAGGAAUGCCAAGACGCUCGCGCUAUGACCGGCCCCCAACCCGCCGGCCAUUUGACCCCAACGACAGAUGCUACGAGUGUGGUGAGAAGGGGCACUAUGCCUACGACUGCCAUCGCUACAGCCGGCGGCGGCGGAGCAGAUCUAGGUCCAGGUCCAGGUCCAGGUCCCGUUCUCACUCCAGAUCCCGUGGGAGGAGGUACUCUCGCUCACGUAGCCGGAGUCGUGGCCGCAGAUCACACUCUGCUUCUCCAAGGAGAUCCAGAUCUGGAACACCCAAAAGAUCAAGGUCUCGAUCAAGGUCUCGAUCGAGGUCCAGGUCAAGGUCUCGUUCAAGGUCUCCAUCAAGGUCCAGGUCAGCUUCUUAUCCCAGGAGCAGGUCUGGCUCAGGUCGCAGGUCCAAGUCUGGCUCUCCAGCAAGGAGCCACUCAAAAUCUAGAUCAUCGCCUGCAAAACGAAGCCGUUCUCACUCAGGAAGCCCCCACAGGAGUGGAAGCCCAGACAGAGACGACUGAUGACUUUCUUUUUUUUAUUGAAGCACCUCUUUUAGAAAUAAUUCUGAAGGUCUGCACAAACAUGCUUCCUUUUGAGAGAUUUAAUUUUGCAAUUUUGCUCUGUAUCAUUUGGCACAUAAUAGGCAUUGUUUUCCUGAUGUUCGUAAGAAAAGGUUUAAAUAGGAAUAAAUGCUCAUUUCUCCCUAUUAUGCUUGUUGGGAAUUCAAAACACUUUGGUUCUAGAGCCAUAGAAAACACAAGCACACUGGGUUUUUGUAUGUGCAUAUUAAAUUAAAUUUCAGGAUCUAUAAAGAAACUUUUCAUUUUGUGCGGAUUUUGUGUGUGGUGUUAAUUCCUGUAGGGGGUGCUGUUGCUUGUAUAAACUACCCUGUUCCUUUUUAUUGUGAAUACUCAUUUAAAAAAAAUGCACUGACAAAUAAAGAACAUGUCCUUUUGCCUAUUGCCAGCUGCAUAUGCAAAUUGAUAUAUAGUUCUUAGAUCAGUGAAAAUAGUUGUCCAGUGUGAUAGAGUUUAGGCAUAUUGGGGUUAUCUGUAUGUGUACCUUAUUAAUUUCUCUGGUGGUAUUAAAAAAAAAAUAGCUUAAAGGUUUGGUAAUAUUUCCCUGGGACAUGUCUGCAGAAACUUCCCAAGCAAACUGAAAAGGAAUCACUGACGUAGAAUGCAGUCAGUAAUUAAAUGCCCCCUUUUUUUUCGUGAACUUGUUUUUUUUUCCCCCCCCCCCAAUUUCCAGUUUGCCUUUUGACACUGUGUUGACUCAUACCUGGACCUUAUUCAAUUGCGGGUUCUUACAGGGAAGCUGAUCAUCACAGAAUUAAUUGUGAUCAUUUCAGUUUAAAGUAUACUGAAUUGAUCAUUAUGUUGUAAUUGCUGAAAUUUCCUUUCUGGAGAAUUUCUUGCUUUCUUUCAUACUGUUGGCAUUUUGAAGGGUACAGGGGCCCAUAGGUUUAGGAUUAUUUUAAGUUAAAUAAUAAGCUACAUUAAAAAAAAAACUACACAAAGUCCCCUAAUUGGCAGUAUGAAAUAAAAUCUCCUAACACAAA